UAGCAUACGGUAGCACGUGGGUCCGUAAACGAGCACGUGUGCAAGUAUGGCGGACCUGCAGAUGAAACUUCUCCGGAAGAAAAUUCAAAAAAGAAGUGAAAAAAAUAAAAAAAGGAAUUUAUUAAAUGUACAUCUCAAAGAAACACAACUCAAAGAAGAGAAUGACGACAAUGAAAGUGCCGGAAAUGUAACAGAUGAAGCCCCUGCUGAAAACAGUCCGGAAAAUGAAAAUAUUACAGAGAAAAGGCAUAUGAAGACAACGAAGAAAUUAAAAAAGUGUUCAUUUCCAUCUCUGAAUGAAAGUAAAGAAAUUGAUAGUUCUGUGAAGAAGAAAAGAAAACUAGCCAACAGUGCUGGUGAUACAGGUGCAAAAAAAGCCAAAACACAGGAUGAAGAUACUGGGCAGGAGAAGUUGGACUGCAAAGAAAGUACAGAGGGCACAGAGAAACCUGGAGAAGUGGACUGUGAAAAUGAGUCUGAAGAAGAGGGAACAUCAGAUGAAAAGGAUGAAGAUAAUGGACCAGACCUUCCAUUGGGGCUGACAGGUGCUUUUGAAGACACGUCCUUUGCGUCUUUGGAUGGGUUGGUGAGUGAGAACACUCUGAAAGGGGUGAAGGACAUGGGCUUCGAACAUAUGACAGAAAUCCAGCACAAGACAAUACGACCCUUGUUGGAGGGCAGAGAUGUAUUGGCGGCUGCUAAAACAGGAAGUGGGAAAACUCUGGCUUUCCUGAUUCCAUCCAUUGAACUGAUCUACAAGCUUAGGUUCAUGCCCAGAAAUGGUACUGGUGUCAUCAUCUUGUCGCCCACCCGGGAGCUGGCCAUGCAGACAUACGGGGUGAUGAAGGAGCUGAUGACCCAGCACGUGCACACGUUUGGACUGAUUAUGGGUGGCAGCAAUCGCUCUGCUGAGGCGCAGAAACUGGCUAAUGGAGUCAACAUUCUGGUUGCCACCCCUGGAAGACUGCUGGACCACUUGCAGAACACUCCUGGGUUUAUGUACAAGAACCUUCAGUGCCUGAUCAUCGAUGAAGCUGACCGUAUUCUUGAAGUGGGAUUUGAAGAAGAGCUAAAGCAGAUAAUUAAGCUUUUGCCAAAGCGGAGGCAGACGAUGCUUUUUUCUGCUACACAAACCCGCAAGGUGGAAGAUCUAGCCAGGAUUUCUCUUAAGAAACAGCCCUUAUAUGUGGGGGUCGAUGACAACAAAGACACGGCGACAGUGGAUGGACUAGAGCAGGGCUAUGUGGUUUGUCCUUCUGAGAAGAGGUUCUUGCUGCUGUUCACCUUCCUGAAAAAGAACCGCAAGAAGAAGCUUAUGGUGUUCUUCUCCUCCUGCAUGUCAGUCAAGUUCCACUAUGAGCUGCUUAACUACAUUGAUCUUCCUGUGAUGGCUAUUCAUGGCAAGCAGAAGCAGACGAAGCGCACUACCACCUUCUUCCAGUUCUGCAACGCUGACUCGGGCAUCCUGCUCUGUACAGAUGUUGCUGCAAGGGGCCUGGAUAUUCCAGAGGUGGAUUGGAUCAUCCAGUAUGAUCCACCUGAUGACCCAAAGGAAUACAUCCACCGUGUUGGCAGGACAGCACGUGGAAUUAAUGGAAGAGGUCAUGCCCUUCUAAUACUUCGGCCUGAAGAACUAGGUUUUCUGCGGUUCUUGAAACAAGCAAAGGUACCACUGAGUGAGUUUGAAUUCUCAUGGACUAAGAUAUCUGAUAUCCAGAACCAGCUGGAGAAACUUAUUGAGAAGAACUACUACCUGCACAAGUCAGCCCAGGAGGCCUACAAGUCCUACGUGCGAGCCUAUGACUCUCACUCCCUGAAGCAGAUCUACAAUGUCAACAACCUCAACCUCCCCCAGGUGGCAUUGUCCUUUGGCUUCAAAGUGCCACCAUAUGUUGACCUCAAUGUGCAUAGUAGCAAAGGGGUUAAGAUGCAGAAGAGAGGAGGUGGUGGUGGCUUUGGCUACCAAAAAUCAAAGAAUGUGCAGAAAUCCCGGAUCUUCAAACAUGUCGCCAAAGGGAAGAGCGACAAAAGGCAGUUUUCCCGCUGAAGCAAAUUCAACUAGGAAUAUUCCUUUUGCAUUUCCCCUGCCAGUUUCAUGAUGCUGCCUGAGCUUAAUUUUAGAUGUCAUCAUUCCUUUUUUGCCAGUAAUCUGCCUGCAGAGAUACUUGUGUCCCAUUUUACCUCUUAGUUUGAGGAUUCAUUUUUCAUGUUUUCCAUUUUCCCUCCCUUUUCAUAUGUGGAAUUCUACUGGAAUUCAUUUGUUCAUGGAUAUAAAAAUCAAUUGGUGAUGCUCAUUACUAAUGUGUUAACAAGGCUUUUUCCUGAAAACUGAAUGCAGCUCUUCAGCAUUUAAAUCAUUUACAUGUACAAACAAGAAGCUCAUUCAUAAUCGUAUUCUAUAAUAAAUCUCAGUGGAAGCUA